ACCUACAUGCUCACAAAGGCAACAUCGGGUCCUUAACCUGCUGAGCCAGAGUGGAAACUCCAGGACUUGGAGUUUUACUCAAACUGUAAUGGCAAGCUGUUGGAGGGUUUUAAGCAGAGACAGGACACAAUCUGAUUUAAGUUAUGAAAAGAUCGUUUUGGCUGCUGGAUGGAGAGUGAAUAGUAGGGAAUGAGAGUAGAAGUAGGGAAGCCACUUAGGAGGCUCUCACUGAUAAGUUAGACAGGGAAUCAGGAAACAGGGGUCAAGGAUGACUCCUAGGUUUGUGGCCUGAGCUGCUGAGUGGACAUCAGGGCCAUUUAAUGCAACAGGGACAAAAGGGUUCAGAGGUUUAGACAAUAGGAUAGAAAUCAGGAGCUGUGUUUUGACCAUGCGAAGUUGAAAUGCCUGUUCAGCAACCAUGUGGGGCUGUGAGUAGACAGUCUAAUUUGAGUCUGGUAGCUUAGAGAUACACACACACAUAUAUUUGGAGUCAUAAGCAUUACUUCAUUUCAGUGCUGGUUUGGUAAACAGUCUCUCCAAAAAAAUAAUAAUAAUAAUCUCUGGUUUUGUAGUGUUUGUUGAUUUCUGUGGUGUAAAUACUGUCACCAUGGCUUAUUUCAGGUUGCCAGUGGUUCAACAACUGGCUUGCAAAAGUCCUAAACAUUUAACAUUCAGCUCCGGAGCCACUGCCUCAUUUGCUCACCAGAGUUGGCAGGAAUAUUCCAUUUUUCAGAUGAAGCGGCUUAGAGAGAAAAAGUGAUUUAUUCAAGGUCACAUGGGGAGUUGGUGGCAAAGUUGGGGGCCUCCUGACCCCGCCCCCCUUUCAUGCUGGCUUGCUGGCUCGGAAAAUAAAACAGACUGCAGCAGGAAGCACUGGGGGUGGAGGAAAUGUAAGGAAGAACUUCCCCUGGAAAUGUUUGGAGGUCAUGAUUUAGGAUUUUUUUUUUCCUUUUUGUAGCUCACUUCCUUUUAAGAUGAUUCGGAACAAAAUAGGACUGAGAGGUUGCUGGAAAAGCCCUUAAGACACAGGGACCUCAGGAUGCUUGUGAAAGUCAGGGGGCUGUGGGGAGCUGUUGUGUGUCUAGGGGCUUAGCUUCUGUGUCUCCCCCAGGGCAGCAAUGCUGGUCACCUCUCAUUCUUUACGAAGGUGUGCUAUGGCAUUGGCGGGGUCCCAAACCAGGUGGCCUCCAGCGCCAUAGCCUUUUACCUGCAACUCUUCCUGCUCGAUGUGGCACAGGUGAGUUUGGGCAGCAGCCCUGGCAUCCUCUACUUCCAUUUUCCUUGGUGUCUGGUCCUUUCACUCCGCCUUUACCCUCACCAUCCCUGAUAGAUGGCACUCCUGACCCUAGCCUGACAAAAAGCCAAAUGCUAUUAAGCACAACUUCGUCAGGGAUAUUUAUUGCAGGCUGUUUGUAGUAGGAAAAUGGAAAACAACAUGAAUGCUCAGCAAUUGGAUAAGUUGGGCUAUAUCCACAUAAUGGACUAUUGUGUAGUCAUUCCAAAAAAUGAGCUAGGAGUUCCCUGGUGGCCUUGCGGUUAAGGAUCUGGUGUUGUCACUCCUGUGGCUCAGGUCACUGCUGUGUCACAGGUUUGAUCCCUGGCCUGGCCUGGCCAAAAACAAACAAAAAAAACCCAAGAGAAUGAGUUAGAUCUAUACUGGUUGACUUAGAGGGAUUUCCAUGACAUACUGUCAAGUGAGAAAAGUUAAAGAAGGGUAUGUAAAAUGAUCCUGUUUUAGCAAAACAAAGACAUGUCCUAUAUAUGUGGGUGCAUGGGUGUGUGUGUGUGUGUGUGUGUGUGUGUGUGUGUGUACAUGCAUAUAUAUGUCUCUACAUGACUAACCGAUGGACAUGGAGAAAGUAAAUUCCAGAAGGAUAUCUACCAGGUCGUUAUGCUGGUUAUAGAAGGGAGUGGUGGAGGAUAGAGGGUAAGCCAGAAAGAUAUUUUUAAAAGGUAUUCAUGAUUUUUUUAAAUGACACGGAUGUGAUCCCAUUUAUAUAAAUGAAUAAAUAAUAAAUGCACGAAAGGAAGUGCACGAAAUGGUGAUCAAAUUGUUUCUGGCAGUUGUCUCAGAAUGGUGGGGUUUCAGAUGAGCUUUGCUCAGUAUUUUUCUGUACUGUAUUGCUGUAUUUACAAUGAAUGUAUCAUUUAUAUAAUCAGAAAAAUCAAUAAAACAUUGUCAUCGUGAAACACAAAGUCUGCCUCUGACCAUCAGCCUCAGUGUUCUUGUGUCGCACUGAGCCACCUCAGGUGAGGGUCUCUCGGGUCUUCUCCAGAGAGGAGUCGGCAUAAGCACACAGGAAUAUGCUGCCGCCCUUCCCUCCCCCUGCCCCUUCACUGGGGCAGAUGUGCCCAUAGAACCUUCUGGAUUCCUGUCCUGGAGAAGAGACCAAACAGACCUUUAUACUAUGGCUCUUAGACCUUCCUCCUGAUGAGCGGGCAGGCCUAGACACCCUCUCUGACUCUACCAGGCCUUGGCUGUCCCUUUCAGAUCCCUGCUGCCCAGGUGUCACUUGUCCUGUUUGGAGGGAAGGUGUCUGGGGCAGCAGCCGACCCUUUGGCUGGAUUCCUCAUCAACAGAAGCAGGAGGACAGGGUCUGGACGACUCAUGCCCUGGGUGCUGGGCUGCACUCCCUUCAUCGCCUUGGCUUACUUCUUCCUGUGGUUCCUGCCUCCCUUCACCAGCCUUCGAGGCCUCUGGUACACAACCCUCUACUGCCUGUUUCAGGCCCUGGCCACGUUCUUCCAGGUGCCCUACACAGCGCUGACCAUGCUCUUGACCCCCAGCCCCAGGGAGCGGGACUCAGCCACCGCAUACCGGAUGACCAUGGAGAUGGCAGGGACACUGAUGGGAGCCGCCGUCCAUGGACUCAUCGUGUCUGGUGCCCAUGGGUCUCACAGGUGUGACGAAGCCACGUUCCCGGGGCAGGUGGCUGUCUUUCCCAACGCGAUUCGUCUCUACCCCAUUGCAGCUGCCGUGGUUGCUGUGACUUACCCCGUGUGCAGCAGUUUGCUCUGCCUGGGGGUGAAGGAGCGGCCAGACCCCUCUGCCCCAGCCUCGGGCCAGGGCCUGAGCUUCCUGGCUGGCCUGGGCCUCACCGUCAGGCACCCGCCCUACCUGAAGCUGGUCAUCUCCUUCCUGUUCAUCUCAGCAGCCGUUCAGGUGGAGCAGAGCUACCUGGUCCUGUUCUGUACACACGCCUCCCGGCUUCAUGACCACGUCCAGAGCCUGGUGCUAACCAUCCUGGUCUCGGCAGUGCUGAGCACCCCGAUGUGGGAAUGGGUCCUCCAGCGAUUUGGGAAGAGGAUGUCUGCCUUUGGAAUCUGUGGGAUGGUGCCAUUUGCAAUCCUGUUGGCUGCUGUGCCCACGGCACCGGUGGCAUACGUCGUGGCCUUUGUAUCCGGCAUAAGCAUUGCUGUGUCCUUGCUGCUACCCUGGUCCAUGCUUCCAGAUGUGGUGGAUGACUUCCAGCUGCAGCACCAGCAUGGCCCAGGGCUGGAGACCAUCUUCUACUCAUCCUAUGUCUUCUUCACCAAGCUUUCAGGCGCAGGCGCCCUGGGCAUCUCCACGCUCAGCUUGGACUUUGCAGGGUACGAGUCAGGAGCCUGCAAGCAGGCGGAGCAGGUGGUGGUGACCCUCAAGGUCCUCAUCGGUGCUGUGCCCACCUGCAUGAUCCUCACCGGUCUCUGCAUCCUCAUGGUCGGCCCCGCUCCCAAGGCGCCGACCCAGGACAGCUCCCGCUCCCUUAGGAGGAGGACCAGCUACAGCCUCGCUUGAAUUUGAAAGUUCUGUGAGCCAGAACAGCAGGAACCAUGUCUUCUGGGCUACAAACCCCCUCUCUUCUCAGCCCUUCAGCACCCCUCCUUCCGUCUACACAUGGCCCUUCUUUCCCCCUGGGAUCCAGAGUCUUCAGUGACUCUCCAGAAGGGAGUGGCCUGGGCCCCAGGACCGCCACCUGUCAUGUCUGGCCUAUUGACCACAGGACAUCUCAGACCCGCCUGUGCCCCUGACUACUCAGCUCCAGGUCACCUGGAAAGUAGCAACUCUUCCUAGAAAAAGGAGGCCGCUACCAGCCUGGUCUGCAGACUUCCCGCGGGAGCACCAGGCCCACCAAUGUUCCUGACAGGACAGACACACAGAACUCGUUUCUCCUGAUGGUCCAGUGGACAUCUGAGAGGCAGAUAGGCAGCACGUGAACAGCGAGGGCGGCGGGGACAGGUGGACAUGCUGGGAUGUCAGGUUAGGAGAGACACGCAGAUGCGGUGAGGCCCACAGGCCUGGGGGAGCGGAUGCAGCAACAAUGGGGACAAACUGAGCAGGGCCUGUGGGGCAUGUUUCCCUUCGUACAGCAAAGCUGAUGGCAGUGUUUCUAGAAGUGGACACAGAUGGAUAUCAAGCCACCAGAGCUCAAUCAUUUUUAUGAACAAAAGUUGUUUUUGUGAAAAUAACAUUCUGAAAGUUUAUCUUAUAAAAGCACAGGAACCUCCAUUUUCUAGAGGCCACUGUCUUUGGGGAAGAGCCGCUGAGAUUUAUUUUUUCAGAGCCGCUGAGAUUUAUUUUAUUUUUUAUCAUUUCAGAAAAAUGAAAGGGUUUGUCUUCUACUGAGUCUGUAAAAUGUGAUUGUAGCCAACAUCUUUUCUUCUUACCUCCUGGGAAACCCCUGCCCCAGAGUUUCUGCUGUGGUGCAGUGGGAUCAGCGGUGUCUCUGCAGC